GCCCUUCGAUACCGCCAGGCACCGCGCCCCGCCCCGCCCGAUCACUCACCGAAAACGCUUGACCGCUGUCCCGUAACAAGUGAAAUACUUGCGCACGUCAUUGACAGACGCCCAGCCGACGCUCUUUGUCUGAAUCCCGCACAACGCCACCACCUGAAAGCGCGUCAACUAGGCUUCGAUCAAAUUGCUGUCAGCCCCCCCGAAACGACGCGUGUGCGGUGCAACAGAGGAAUUCGCGUACGGGUGCACCGACGCCUCGACUCUCCUCCCCGCACACGGCUCGCAUUCGCUAUGUCCGGGUCGGACUACUCAGGGUCAGAAUUCAGCGGCUCCGAUGAUGAAUACGUAGGGCCCAGGGGCGGCGGCGCCAGUGCGGCCGCUGCUAGGAAGAUGGUAAACACGCAGCUGGCGCAGACGAAAAAAUCGGAGCGGAAGGCGCAGGCUUGGGAGCGGAGGAAAGGAGACUCGUCGGAAGAGGAGGAAUACAUACCCCAGUUCGAGGAGAUCGAGGACAAAGAUGUACCGGAGGCGAGCAUACAGCACAUGGAGGAGGAGCGGAAGCGCAAGAGGCUACGGAAAGACACGAAACCCUUUCAGCGCGGUAUCAUACGGCACGUCGUUCUCGUUCUCGAUCUAUCGGAAGCCAUGGCGGAGAAAGACAUGUUUCCGACGCGAUUCCACGCCAUGAUACAUUACGCGCAAGAGUACGUUCGCGAGUUUUUUGAGCAGAACCCCAUAUCCCAGAUGAGCGUUCUUGGCAUGCACGAUAGCCUCUGCAUCAGGCCUGCAGAACGCACUGGAGCUGGCGAGAGCAACGCUAUAUCACACCCCGAGCCAUGGAACGCGAGAAGUUAUCAUCGUGUUCGGCUCAUUAUUGUCCGUGGACCCAGGGGACAUCCAUCAGACUAUCAGAGCUUCGUAAUCGGCAUGGGCGCCCGCCUCAAGAUCUGCACCGAAAUUGUCAAUAAAACAAACGCUGGUGACGAAAGCGAGUACGUCGUAGCCACAGAUCAAGAGCACCUCCGCGAGCUUCUGUUCGCGACUACCACUCCCCCAGUGGUUCGCGCGACGAAGACCGCACAAGAGAGUGCACAAGGGGCCCUACCACCAGAGAAUGCGGCUGCCCUCAUGAUGAUGGGCUUCCCCUCGAGAGUCGUUGAAGAGAGCCCAACCAUGUGUGCUUGCCACGGCGCAUUGACUACAGGAGGCUACACCUGCUCACGUUGUAGCGCCAAAGUUUGUAGUCUGCCCAUCACUUGUCCUAGUUGCCAGCUCACACUUCUCCUUUCGACGCAUCUUGCGCGAAGCUACCACCACCUGUUCCCCCUCCGGAAUUGGGCCGAGGUGACCUGGCAGCGUGCGAGAGCAAAGGGGAGCAAGUCCUGUUUAAGCUGCCUCGCGCCGUUUCCAGAAGUGCCGCCCGGAGAAGUCGAAGGUGAGCAGCAGGCCAAUGGCGAGGGUGUGGAUGGACAGCUGCGUUCGCUGCGGCUGGAUGAGGAGGACAGCGACGUGCAAAAAGCGAGUGAGAGCUCGCGCUACGAGUGCCGAGUGUGUGAGAGCCAUUUCUGCAUCGACUGCGAUACGUUUUGUCAUAUGGUGCUGCACAAUUGCCCAGGCUGUUUGAGGGCACAUCAAAGGAGAUCCUACGCCAACAAAAGAUUUCGCAGAAUGUCCCUCUUCGAGCGAUUAAUUCGCUUCGAAAGCGAAGACGGCCAGAUCCACUACGGCGAUUUCGGGUCCUCGGAGCUGCCGCGUGAUGUCUCAGGGAAGACUGCCCAGCUCCUCUCCGGCAGCAUAGAAUCCGGCUUCUCCAAAACCGACAGACAAGCCACCAUCAAGAAACUCCUUCCGCCCCUCCCUUCCACACCCAUCUUCCUCUGCGUCGGCCUCAACUACAAGCAACACGCGGAGGAAGGCGGCCUGCCCAUCCCAACCUAUCCCACCAUCUUCAUGAAGCCCCCGACCGCGCUAUCCGGGCCAGGAAGUGUGAUUGAGGUGCACAAGGAGUGCCAAAGCCAGCUCGACUACGAAGGCGAACUCACCAUUGUGAUCGGCAAGACGGGGAAGAACAUCGCGGCCGCCGACUACGCCGAGUACGUGCUGGGCUACACAGUCGGUAACGACGUGUCAGCGCGUAAUUUCCAGCUUCCAGCUUCCGUCAGCGGGGGUCAGUUUGGAUACGCCAAAUCGUUUGAUGGAUUUGCACCGAUCGGGCCGUGCAUUGCGAGCAAGGAGGCGAUUGGCGGCGAUCCGAAUAAGAUUCGGUACUGGACCAAGGUGAAUGGGGAGAAGAGGCAGGAGACGGGCACAGACGACAUGAUUUGGAGUGUGGGGCAGAUUGUAGAGCAUUUGAGUCGCGGGACGACACUGCAGGCGGGGACGUGUAUUAUGACUGGGACGCCGAGUGGCGUCGGGGUUUUCAUGGAGCCAAAGGGGUUUGUGAAGGAUGGGGACGAGGUCGAGAUUUACGUGGAGGGGAUUGGAAGCUUGGUCAAUACGAUCAAAUUUGAGUAGGUGGCAAGUAUACACUGUUGAAGACAUCAAUAAGUUCACAGCACCCCGCCCGAUGAUGUUCAUCAUCCGAGACACGCGGAGACCAUUGUCCUUCGCGAAGAAUCUAAACGCCGAGUACAGCUGAAUGUGCGUUGCCCGUCCUGAGGUGACACAGCAUCCUUAAUCUUUUAAAGCUAUCCCAUAAGCCUUAGAAGCGCCCUCCCUCAGCCAACGCCAAACGCCGCAAGUCUCUCUCACUUCCGAUUGCCUUCACU